GACGGAGGCUGAGACAGAAGACACGUCUUUCAGGGGACGACAGGAGGACGCAGGAUGAGCUCAGACAGAGUCCCGUCCAGGUCGGAGGUGAUGGGGUGGAGCCCACAGCAGCUGGCAGACUUCAUGAAGAGGAUGAAUCUGUCUGGAUGUGACAAAACUGUGAUGAAGAAUUCAAUCAACGGCUCCAGGUUUGUGAAUCUGAGCAGUAACGACCUGCAGAAGUUUCCUAAACUCCACGCUCCGAUGAUCUCAAAGAUCAGCAGUGAAAUCAGCAGGAAGGAGGAGAGAAGAGGUUUAUUCUCUAAAAAGACGACGCCCAAAUACAAGGAACCAGAGACCACUGCUGAAGUUCAGGGCUGGGGUGAAGACGAGUUUGACGAUGAAGAGUUCGACGAUGACUACGAGAGUCCGAACAGCGGCGGCGAGGACGGCAGCAGUGACGACUAUGAGUCUCCAAAUGAUGACGCGGACGGAGCCAAUGACUACGAGCCUCCUCCCUCCGAACCACCAGAGGACCUGGCUCACAAGCUGUGCCCCACCCUGCCCAUCGGAGACGGAGAGUACAUCGAUAAAAGGGAUAACCACAUGUCAUCCAAAGGCCCGCCCCCUGCAGUAUGUGCCCGCCCCCCGGUCUCUACGCUCGCUGCUCCGUCUCCUCGGACGCCGGGAGAGUCAUCAUCUAGAAGAGACGCCUCCCCCCACUGUGGAGGACGACAAUCAGGAAAAUUUCCUCCGGAGCCUCCGAAGAUCUUUCGAGCCUCCAAACCGGGAAGAGAGUCGAGGGACAACUUCUCCCCCAUCAGAGGACCUCACUCAACAGAGAGGCCGAGCCCACCGUCCUGGAAGCCUCAGUCGAACGUCCAGGAUCCUCCUCCCUGGUCCAAACAUCCCGUUCUCCCCCUCCUCCUCCUCCCUCCUCCUCCCUCCUCUGUCAGCAGGUCAAACUCCUCCCCCCGGCCGCCUCCCAACAGGUUUGAUCCAAGAAGAGAUCAAACACAUGAUGAAGCUCCAAAACACAACACCUUCCCCCUCCACAGUAAGAGUCUGCCCCCCCGCCCUGGACUUCCUGCUCCCCCCUCACGUCACGGGGAAAGUAUGCCCCCUAGUGUUCACUCAGCAGGCUCUCUGCCUAACCAACUGCAGCCAGUGUGCAGCAAAGCCGAACUAAGAGGCAGCUUCGUUGGAUCGUUUCGUCCUCCACCAUCACACACACAGGAGCUGGACCCUCGUUGGUACGUGGGUAAAGUGACCAGAGGUCAGGCAGAGGGAUGUCUGAAACAAGUCCAAAAGGACGGAGCGUACCUGGUGAGGGACAGCACCCGGCAGAUGGACAACCAGCCCUUCACCCUGAUGGUCUUCUACCAGGACAAAGUCUACAACAUCCAGAUUCGACAGCACAACCAGAACUUCCAGCUGGGGACCGGACUCAAAUUGCAGGAGUCUUUUCCAUCAGUGAGAGAAAUCAUCGCUCAUUACUCUCAGUCUCCUCUGCUCCUCAUCAACGCCAAGGACCGAAGCGCCGGUCAACAGAACCAGUGCCUCCUGUCGGACCCGGCCGGCGGCUACCUGACAGGACAGACCGGGUCCUGACCGGGUCCUGACCAGGUCCUGACCGGGUCCUGACCGGGUCCUGACCGGGUCCUGACCGGGUCGGACUAACCAGCAAACAGGAUCAGGAUCAAUGUCCACGUCAGACCUAACUGUCGUUGUUGUAAAUUUCAGAAGUAGAAUGAAGAUUUUUCAUUAUUUUCGUGACAGUGAGUAAAUAACAACAGUUUUUUGUUUUCAUUCUGAUUAUUGAGAAACCACAGUGUAGUUUUAUUUUGAAACUUCCUGUCAGAAAUGUUCUACAAUUUAAAUCAUGAUUCGAAAUUCACUUCAGUUAUUCCACGUUGUUUUGUUUAAAUAUGAAGCCACGCAAUUCUGUCCAUGUUCUCACUUCAGAUUCAUUUUUCAAUUUACUGUUAAUUUACUAAUUAAUGACUUUAAAUAAAGAUGACAACACGUCUCUACUUUCCCCAAAAAUAAGGCCAAAAUAUCUCACAUACGAACGCUGCCAUCUUGUGGUGAUAAUGUUAUUUACAGUCAGAGUCUGUGCAGCAGUGAUCGUGGGGUGGAGCCGUGGUAUCAAGGUCCCGCCCACACACCCUCUCAGUGAAUCAGGAGUCAGUC